AUGGAUCUUAGCGAUGAAGAUGAGAUUGAUAUUGAUGAAAUUCUUAAACAAGCUGAAAAUGUCGAAUGUGUAAACGAAGACAGUAUAAAAAAACUAGCUUCGGUUUUAAAAAAAAAAAAAAGUAAUAAUGAACGAGACAGAAUUGAACACCCAGAUAAACCAGAAAAAUGGGUAGCUAGUGAAGUUGAUUUAGAUGAAAUAUUAGUUAAUAUAAAAAAUUUAAGUGUAUGUACAAAUUUAUAUAAAAGUAUGAUUGAAAGUGAUAUAUUUAGUGAUAUUAUUAAUUUAUUAAACCAUCCUAAUAAUGAUAUAGUUAUUGAAGUUAUUGAUAUAAUUAAAGAAAUAACGAAUCCUUCGAAUAUAUACGAAUUAGAUAAAAGUGUAAAUUUAAUGUUAAUAGAUUAUUUGACCAAAAACAAGCUAAGCCAUUUUAUUAUAAAUACUUUAGAUAAAAUUAAUGAAGGGGAAAGUGAAGAAUACUACAAUGCUAUUUCAUCGAUUUUGAAUAUUUUUGAAAACAUUUUUGAACUUGAAAACAAUUUACAAAAUGAUCUAUUAACUAAUUCUAAAUUAUUAUUUUUUUUAUUAAAAAGAAUUAAUAAUGAAAUAAAAAGUGAUGAUCAAAAUUCAUUAUAUGCAAGUGAAAUAUUAGUUUUACUUAUUUUAAGGAUUAAUCAAUUUGCUCAAAAUGUCUACGAUGAUUUUUAUUACACUAUUUCUAUUUUUAAUUUUAUUUUAAAAUACAUUUCAAAGUUUAAGGAUAAAGAUCCCCCUAAUAUUAAUAAAAAAGAAAUAUUACUUAAUUGUUUUCAAGCCUUAGGAAAUUUAUUAUUAUUAAAUGAAAAUAAAAAAGUAUUUGAAAGCACUGAUGGCUUAGAAUUAAUGUUGAAAUUACUUAGUGAAAGGAAAUUUUUAUGUUUCCCUUCUUUAAAAAUUUUUGCUAUUGUACUUACCAACAAAGAUAUAUGUAAUAAAUUUGUAGAAUUAAGUGGUCUAAAAUAUUUAUUCUGUUUAUUUAUGUUAAGAACAUUGAACAAAAGUAAAACUAAUACACUAGAGUUUGAAGAAAAUAUAAUUACAAUAAUUUCCAACUUAUGCAUAUAUUGUACUGGUACAUCCCUUGGAAGAGUUCUAAAUAAAUUUGGAGAAAAAAAAUGUGAAAAAAUUAUUCGUCUAUUAGAAAUCAGGCAAAAAUAUUCUGAUAUAAUUAUCAAUGAAAAAAAAAAAGAAACAAAUAAAUUGCUAAUAAAUAAAAACCUACAAAAAUUGAAUAUACAAAUUGAUGAAGAUUGCAAGAAAAAUCUUGAAUAUAUAGAAUUGUGUGAUAAAGGAUAUCUCACAUAUCAGUUAACGGAUGUAAUAUUAAUAACACUUUUUUUUAUGAACAAUUCAUACAUUUCUAAUAAUAUAUUUAUUCAUUUAUACACACGGAAUAUAGACAUUCAAUCUAUUUACGAAAAUAUAUUAGAUUUUCAAGAAUGUAUAGAUGAUGAUGAAUUAAGUGAAAAAUUAAAAAAAAUGCUGACAUUCUUCUUAACCUCAUCAAAGGAGUCAAAUUUGUUUACAUAA